CCUUCCUCUUGGCAGGACUGGCCGCUUUGCAUCUCUUUUGGCCCCAGGGACUCGCCGUCGUCUGGCUGCGGUGUUCCCCGGUUGAGACGAUGGCGACUGGGACGCCGGAUUCGCAAGCACGAUUUGGUCAGUCGGUGAAGGGGCUUCUCACCGAGAAGGUGAACACCUGCGGGACCGACGUGAUCGCGCUCACCAAGCAGGUGCUGAAAGGCUCCCGGAGCUCGGAGCUGCUGGGUCAGGCAGCUCGAAACAUGGUUCUACAGGAAGAUGCCAUCUUGCACUCAGAAGAUAGUUUAAGGAAAAUGGCAAUAAUAACAACACAUCUUCAGUAUCAGCAAGAAGCUAUUCAGAAGAAUGUUGAACAGUCACCUGACCUGCAGGACCAGCUGAGUCAUUUAUUGAAGUAGCGUGUCACAACAGCAAUUGACUCCUUUGCCUGAUGCUGAGGAGGAGGCUGUGGGCUUAGUUUCCAUUUUCAUCUCCAAAAAUUCAUCUAGAAAAGACUUGUGAAAAGAAGCCAGGUGACUGAACUUGGAAUCACUUCUUUUGGUUUUUUGAGACAAGUUUUCUCUGUGUAGCCCUGCCUAUCCUGGAACUCACUCUUUAGACUAGACUGGUCUCAGAGAUCUGCCUGCCUCUGCCUCCCAAGUGCUGGGAUUAAAGCUGUGCACCACCAUUGCCUGGCCUUGGAAUUGCUUCUUAAAUUGAAUUAACCCAUACUCUUAUCAGAUAUUUAAGUUGUGUUGAAUUUCAUAUUAAAAUAAAUAGGUUCAAUAAGUAGCACUGAAAAUAAAAGAUAGCUUAUUAA